CUGAGGACGCCAGCAUGGUGCCCGGGAAGUGGGCUUGUGCGGUCCUGCUGCUGCAGCUCUGCUGUGCUGGCUGUGGAUCCUGUGGGAAGGUGCUGGUGAGGCCUUUUGAAAUGAGCCACUGGCUCAACUUGAAGACUCUUCUUGAGGAACUUGUGAAAAGAGGACAUGAGGUGACAGUUCUGACUCCUUCACACAGUUUUUUCAUUGACUACAGCAAGCCUUCUGCUUUUCAUUUUGAAGUGAUCCCUGUACCAACUGACAAAAAUGUUUCUGAGAAUACAAUAAAUGAGUUUAUCGAACUAGCUGUGAAUGUCAUGCCAACACUGUCACUCUGGCAAUCAGGAAGACUACUGCAAAAAUUCUUUCUUCAAGCAUCUGAAGAUUUGAAACUUCUGUGUACAAGUACAGUCUACAACCAGUUGCUCAUGAAGAAGCUCCGGGAAUCCAAGUAUGAUGUGUUGAUUACAGACCCUGUGAUACCCUGUGGGGAACUGGUGGCUGAGAUGCUUGGGAUCCCUUUUGUGAACACGCUAAGGUUCUUCAUGGGCUACACCAUAGAGAAAUACUGUGGGCAGCUUCCAGCUCCACCUUCCUAUGUGCCUGUUCCCAUGGGAGGACUCACAAGCAGAAUGACUUUUAUGGAAAGGGUGAAAAAUCUAGUGCUUUCGUUUUUGUUUGACUUCUGGUUCCAGCAGUAUGACUUUCAGGUUUGGGAUCAGUUUUACAGUGAAGCAUUAGGAAGGCCCACUACGCUAUGUGAGACUAUGGGCAAAGCUGAAAUCUGGCUUAUUCGGACAUACUGGGAUAUUGAAUUUCCUCGUCCAUACUUGCCUAACUUUGAAUUUGUUGGAGGACUGCACUGCAAACCUGCCAAACCUCUACCUCCAGAAAUGGAAGAAUUUGUCCAGAGUUCAGGUGAAGAUGGUGUUGUGGUGUUUUCUCUGGGGUCCAUGGUGAAAAACCUCACAGAGGAAAAAGCCAACCUCAUUGCCUCAGCCUUCGCCCAGAUUCCACAGAAGUUGGCUCUUUCUGUAAAGCAAACUAGUCAGAUUUAUAAAGAGAAUGCCAUGAGGUUAUCAAGAAUUCACCACGACCAGCCAAUGAAGCCCCUGGACCGAGCAGUCUUCUGGGUCGAGUUUGUCAUGCGCCACAAAGGAGCCAAGCACCUGCGGGUUGCAGCCCACGACCUCUCCUGGUUCCAGUACCACUCUUUGGAUGUGAUUGGGUUCCUGCUAGCCUGUGUAGCAACUGCUAUAUUUUUGGUCACAAAGUGUUGCUUAUUUUCCUACCAUAAGUUUAUUAAGACAGGAAAGAGCACAAAGAGGGAAUAG